GUUCCUCAGUAACUACUCUAAAUGUAUGUGUUAGUUAUUAGUUCCUCAGUAACUACUCUAAAUGUAUGUGUUAUUAGUUCCUCAGUAACUACUCUAAAUGUAUGUGUUAGUUAUUAGUUCCUCAGUAACUACUCUAAAUGUAUGUGUUAUUAGUUCCUCAGUAACUACUCUAAAUGUAUGUGUUAGUUAUUAGUUCCUCAGUAACUACUCUACAUGUAUGUGCGUUAGUUCCUUGGUAUGUACUCAUUAGUUUUACGUCAGUUGCUCAGUAACUACUCUAAGCAUUGUGGUCUGAGGCAGCGUGAGUGCUGCCGUCACCAAGGAGCUGUGGUUCAUCUAUGAAGUCCAAAAUGUUCUGUGACAUUCCGAAGCAGAGAUUGGUCUUUCCAACAUGAUGCCGAGCCCAAACGCACCUCCGAGAUGAUCAAGGUGAUGGCGUCUCCUCCAGACCCAAUGAAGCACCUGUGGAUGGACAACACCUAAUUUAGGCAACCAUGGCGAUGUGGGGACUUUGGUGGCUGACAUGUGAAGGUUGUUCUUUAUAAAUACGAGCAAAAGGCUAGCAUGGUUUUGUGAUAUUAAGAUAGAAAAUACUAUUUAUUUCCCUAUUUGGGAAUCUAACAACAUCCUACUACGCCGCCAAUGGUCUUUGACUUAGCAAGUGAGCGUUGCGUGCCAUUGAGCCUCCCCGUACGUCACACUACAGCACAACGUGAACCAAAUGUAGAAAUAAUGAAGAAAGCGAUUAGGAAGCCAUGUUUACAAGUCCGUGCCUCCAUGCCGCUUGUCAAGAUGACUGAUGACAAAAAGGAAAGAAAUGAGUGGACAAUAACAGGUGCAUACAUUAUACAUCCUAUUUUGUCAUUAUGGGACGCCAUUUUUCUUCUGCUGUGGCUCACGCUGUCAUCAGCGUAGUCAUUUUACCAUUAAUGAGCAUCCUGCUAAGACACAUCAGCUGUCUUCACUUUGGACACCACACUCCAUUACCCUCUGGAUGCUACGUCACGACUUCACUAACUUUUAGCUCAAACCACUGCAAUACACUCACUGGCCACCAGGGGUACCAAGAUCCAAAUAUACAGUGGAAGUUUGGUUAGCAUCAUUAAUUCCUUCCACAAAGUAACCAAAACAUUGAACAGUUGAACAGAAAAGUUCAUAAGAAGCAAGUUGAAAAAAACAAAAAACGACAUACUAACCUCUUACGUUUUUUGUCAAAAAUCACCGCCCUCGAACAUUGGCAUUUUCUGCCGUUUUUGGGUGCUUCUGGGGCCUCUGUUGAGCGUGUGUGAGGUGUUCCCUGUUUUUGUGGACCAGAAAAGUUCAUUAGAAGCAAGUUGAAAAAAAUGACGUUCUUUUCAAAAAUCGACGCCCGAAAAUUUUGGCAUUUUAUGCCGUUUUUGGGUGCUUCUGGGGCCCCUGUUGAGUGUGUGUGAGGUUUCCUGUGUUUUUUUUCACCAGAAAAGUGCAUUAGAAGCAAGUUGAAAAAUACAAAAAAACGACAUACUAACCUCUUACGUUUUUUGUCAAAAAUCACCGCCCUCGAACAUUGGCAUUUUCUGCCGUUUUUGGGUGCUUCUGGGGCCUCUGUUGAGCGUGUGUGAGGUGUCCCCUGUUUUUGUGGACCAGAAAAGUUCAUUAGAAGCAAGUUGAAAAAACUGAAAAAAACGACAUACUAACCCCUUACGUUUUUUGUCAAAAAUCGACGCCCGAAAAUUUGGGCAUUUUCUGCCGUUUUUGGGUGCUUCUGGGGCCUCUGUUGAGCGUGUGUGAGGUGUUCCCUGUUUUUGUGGACCAGAAAAGUGCAUUAGAAGCACGUUGAAAAAACUGAAAAAAACGACAUACUAACCCCUUACGUUUUUUGUCAAAAAUUGACGCCCUAAAAUGUUGGCAUUUUAUGCCAUUUUUGGGUGCUUCUGGGCCCCCUGUUGAGUAUGUGUGAGGUUUCCCUUGUUUUUUCAACCAGAAAAGUGCAUUAGAAGCACGUUGAAAAAACUGAAAAAAACGACAUACUAACCCCUUACGUUUUUUUCAAAAAUUGACGCCCGAAAAUUUUGGCCUUUUAUGCCAUUUUUGGGUGCUUCUGGGCCCCCUGUUGAGUAUGUGUGAGGUUUCCCUUGUUUUUUCAACCAGAAAAGUGCAUUAGAAGCAAGUUGAAAAAUACAAAAAAACGACAUACUAACCUCUUACAUUUUUUGUCAAAAAUCACCGUCCUCGAACAUUGGCAUUUUCUGCCGUUUUUGGGUGCUUCUGGGGCCUCUGUUGAGCGUGUGUGAGGUGUUCCCUGUUUUUGUGGACCAGAAAAGUUCAUUAGAAGCAAGUUGAAAAAACUGAAAAAAACGACAUCCUAACCCCUUACGUUUUUUGUCAAAAAUCGAUGCCCGAAAAUUUUGCCAUUUUAUGCCAUUUUUGGGUGCUUCUGGGGCCCCUGUUGAGUGUGUGUGAGGUUCCCCCUGUCUUUUUGACCAGAAAAGUUCAUUAGAAGCACGUUGAAAAAACUGAAAAAAACGACAUACUAACCCCUUACGUUUUUUGUCAAAAAUUGACGCCCGAAAAUUUUGGCAUUUUAUGCCGUUUUUGGGUGCUUCUGGGCCCCCUGUUGAGUAUGUGUGAGGUUUCCCUUGUUUUUUCAACCAGAAAAGUGCAUUAGAAGCAAGUUGAAAAAUACAAAAAAACGACAUACUAACCUCUUACGUUUUUUGUCAAAAAUCACCGCCCUCGAACAUUGGCAUUUUAUGCCGUUUUUGGGUGCUUCUGGGGCCCCUGUUCAGUAUGUGUGAGGUUCCCCCUGUCUUUUUGACCAGAAAAGUUCAUUAGAAGCAAGUUGAAAAAAAUGAAAAAAAACGACAUACUAACCCUUUACGUUUUUUGUCAAAAAUUGACGCCCUAAAAUUUUGCCAUUUUAUGCCAUUUUUGGGUGCUUCUGGGGCCCCUGUUGAGUGUGUGUGAGGUUUCCUGUGUUUUUUUCACCAGAAAAGUGCAUUAGAAGCACGUUGAAAAAACUGAAAAAAACGACAUACUAACCCCUUACGUUUUUUGUCAAAAAUCGACGCCCGAAAAUUUUGGCAUUUUAUGCCAUUUUUGGGUGCUUCUGGGGCCCCUGUUGAGUGAGUGAGGUUUCCCUUGUUUUUUUGACCAGAAAAGUUCAUUAGAAGCAAGUUGAAAAAAAUGAAAAAAACCACAUACUAACCCCUUACGUUUCUUUCAAAAAUCGACGCCCGAAAAUUUUGGCAUUUUAUGCCGUUUUUGGGUGCUUCUGGGGCCUCUGUUGAGCGUGUGUGAGGUGUUCCCUGUUUUUGUGGACCAGAAAAGUUCAUUAGAAGCAAGUUGAAAAAAAUGAAAAAAACGACAUACUAACCCCUUACGUUUUUUGUCAAAAAUCGAUGCCCGAAAAUUUUGGCAUUUUAUGCCAUUUUUGGGGGCUUCUGGGCCCCCUGUUGAGUGUGUGUGAGGUUUCCUGUGUUUUUUUCACCAGAAAAGUGCAUUAGAAGCACGUUGAAAAAACUGAAAAAAACGACAUACUAACCCCUUACGUUUUUUGUCAAAAAUUGACGCCCUAAAAUGUUGGCAUUUUAUGCCAUUUUUGGGUGCUUCUGGGCCCCCUGUUGAGUAUGUGUGAGGUUUCCCUUGUUUUUUCAACCAGAAAAGUGCAUUAGAAGCACGCUGAAAAAAAUGAAAAAAACCACAUACUAACCCCUUACGUUUUUUUCAAAAAUUGACGCCCGAAAAUUUUGGCAUUUUAUGCCAUUUUUGGGUGCUUCUGGGCCCCCUGUUGAGUAUGUGUGAGGUUUCCCUUGUUUUUUCAACCAGAAAAGUGCAUUAGAAGCAAGUUGAAAAAUACAAAAAAACGACAUACUAACCUCUUACGUUUUUUGUCAAAAAUCACCGUCCUCGAACAUUGGCAUUUUCUGCCGUUUUUGGGUGCUUCUGGGGCCUCUGUUGAGCGUGUGUGAGGUGUUCCCUGUUUUUGUGGACCAGAAAAGUUCAUUAGAAGCAAGUUGAAAAAACUGAAAAAAACGACAUCCUAACCCCUUACGUUUUUUGUCAAAAAUCGAUGCCCGAAAAUUUUGCCAUUUUAUGCCAUUUUUGGGUGCUUCUGGGGCCCCUGUUGAGUGUGUGUGAGGUUCCCCCUGUCUUUUUGACCAGAAAAGUUCAUUAGAAGCACGUUGAAAAAACUGAAAAAAACGACAUACUAACCCCUUACGUUUUUUUCAAAAAUCGACGCCCGAAAAUUUUGGCCUUUUAUGCCGUUUUUGGGUGCUUCUGGGGCCCCUGUUGAGUGUGUGUGAGGUUUCCUGUGUUUUUUUCACCAGAAAAGUGCAUUAGAAGCACGUUGAAAAAACUGAAAAAAACGACAUACUAACCCCUUACGUUUUUUGUCAAAAAUUGACGCCCUAAAAUGUUGGCAUUUUAUGCCAUUUUUGGGUGCUUCUGGGCCCCCUGUUGAGUAUGUGUGACCAGAAAAGUUCAUUAGAAGCAAGUUGAAAAAAAUGAAAAAAACGACAUACUAACCCCUUACGUUUUUUGUCAAAAAUCGAUGCCCGAAAAUUUUGGCAUUUUAUGCCGUUUUUGGGUGCUUCUGGGGCCCCUGUUCAGUAUGUGUGAGGUUCCCCCUGUCUUUUUGACCAGAAAAGUUCAUUAGAAGCAAGUUGAAAAAAAUGAAAAAAACGACAUACUAACCCUUUACGUUUUUUGUCAAAAAUUGACGCCCUAAAAUUUUGCCAUUUUAUGCCAUUUUUGGGUGCUUCUGGGGCCCCUGUUGAGUGUGUGUGAGGUUUCCUGUGUUUUUUUCACCAGAAAAGUGCAUUAGAAGCACGUUGAAAAAACUGAAAAAAACGACAUACUAACCCCUUACGUUUUUUGUCAAAAAUCGACGCCCGAAAAUUUUGGCAUUUUAUGCCAUUUUUGGGUGCUUCUGGGGCCCCUGUUGAGUGAGUGAGGUUUCCCUUGUUUUUUUGACCAGAAAAGUUCAUUAGAAGCAAGUUGAAAAAAAUGAAAAAAACCACAUACUAACCCCUUACGUUUCUUUCAAAAAUCGACGCCCGAAAAUUUUGGCAUUUUAUGCCGUUUUUGGGUGCUUCUGGGGCCUCUGUUGAGCGUGUGUGAGGUGUUCCCUGUUUUUGUGGACCAGAAAAGUUCAUUAGAAGCAAGUUGAAAAAAAUGAAAAAAACGACAUACUAACCCCUUACGUUUUUUGUCAAAAAUCGAUGCCCGAAAAUUUUGGCAUUUUAUGCCAUUUUUGGGGGCUUCUGGGCCCCCUGUUGAGUGUGUGUGAGGUUUCCUGUGUUUUUUUCACCAGAAAAGUGCAUUAGAAGCACGUUGAAAAAACUGAAAUAAACGACAUACUAACCUCUUACGUUUUUUGUCAAAAAUCACCGCCCUCGAACAUUGGCAUUUUCUGCCGUUUUUGGGUGCUUCUGGGGCCUCUGUUGAGCGUGUGUGAGGUGUUCCCUGUUUUUGUGGACCAGAAAAGUUCAUUAGAAGCAAGUUGAAAAAAAUGAAAAACGACAUACUAACCCCUUACGUUUUUUGUCAAAAAUUGACGCCCUAAAAUUUUUGCAUUUUAUGCCAUUUUUGGGUGCAUCUGGGGCCCGUUGAGCGUGUAUGAGGUUUUUCCUGUGUUUUUGACCAGAAAAGUUUAUUAGAAGCAAGUUGAAAAAAAACAAAAACAUAUACAUUUUUAACAACUUCAUUCUUAAAAUCUCACAUUAUUAUUUUUCUCGAUAUGGGCCUAAUAUCCUGUUUUACUUUGGUUUUAUGAAUGCAUCACCAAACCUACUUUUUGUUGUUUUAGCAUUACAUUUACAGAUUCUUCUCUUGUUUUUUUGCCAUUUAAUGUCCUUUUAAUUUUUAUAUUUCAUAACAAAUUGUGUUUUUUGCCACAUCCUGCCAAGACUUUCCCCACCAAUCUACUGCAAUUCUGGGAAAGCGGUGUUACAGCGUCCCCAUUUCGGCGCCGUCUGUGAAGUACAGCUCUAAAAGUUGAAAGGUUUGAGUGAUUUCGGCAGCAUUUAUCGAACACCGUUUUGAGUUUGAAACGUUACUGGACACAUAUACGUACGUCGUGUCGGCAUUAAAAACAAUUGAAUCUCUCCGCUGACUGCUCUUAUUUAUUAUUUAAAGACUGCAAUCAAUGAUACGCCAGCCUGUGAGUGUUUAUGCAAUUCAUUGAAGUUUAAUGUCUUAAUGGAAGUCGGCGCUGGUUGCUAAGGAGCCCAUCAUGUUGUAAAACAGCAACAUUGAAAAGGUAUUGAUCACUGAAGCACGCUGCACUCUAAUGCACUUAUACCCUGCAGCGUAUCCGCAUAUUAUUCUAUUGCAUCGUACACAGAGGGGCAGAAGUAUUUGGACAGUAAGGGUAUAAACUACUGGUCUUGUUUUCAUUAUUUUGGUACUUUAACUUUUAGUUUUAACAGUCUAUUAUUCAUCAUAUUUAAGUCGAUUUUACGCAUUAUUGGCUUAAAUUAAGCAUUUUCAAGCAUAAAAAUGUUCUAAAUUAGCUACAAUACACUGUAAAGUUUAAGACAUGACUGGCCACUAGGUGUCACUACUAACACGCAACAGUAUUAUUAUUUAUCUGGCAAAAUAAUAACAUAAUAAUAAAAAUAGUCAUCGUCAAUAUAAUAAUAAUAACACGGGCUACUUAACCUGAAACGUAUUGUUGACAUUUAUUCAAACAAGUCUUAUCGAUGUCUUAAAUUAUUAUUUUCUCUGAUUAUAUAUACUGGCCACUAGGUGUCACUACUAACACGCGACAGUGGAUCUCCAAUAUUAUUAUUUCUCUGGCAAAAUAAUAACAUAAUAAUAAUUUUUUUUAUUUAUUUAAGUCUUAUCGAUGUCUUAAAUUACUUAUUUUCUCAGAUUAUAUACAAAAUAUUGGGAAUGUGAACAUGAAGGUGACUAUAGGGGUGCUAUAACAUGUCUAGAGGGCUCUAAUAAUGGUCACAAACAGGUUUUCACCAACAGGUUUUUCUACAAAAAUAUUCAGUUUAUUAAUGUUGAAAUUUUGUUUUUGAAAUAUUUUGUGGAAAUUGACAACCAAAUCAUUGUGAUAAACGAGGUAUUCCUGUACUGUACUGUAUAUCUAUUUAUUCGGCACAUUAUUAUUAUUAUUUAUUAUUAUACGGGAGACAGGCAACGCCAUUUCGUUGGCAAUUUCACUGCUGUGUUUUUGUGCAAUGACAAUAAAGUCAUAUAAUAUAUAUAAUUUAUUUAUUUAAUAUUUAUUUAUUUAAUAUAUAUAAAGUCUAUCUAUCUGAACUGUACUGUACUGUACGCAAAAACACAGCUGAAUGUGACAGGGUAGUCUGUAUAGACCAAAAACCAAAUGUAUAUAGUGCAGUAAAUGUGAGUACAAAUUUCAAUGCAUUCAUGUUUCCCUCAAUGAACCGUGGCUCCACAGUGUCGGCAGCACUCAUGCACCACUACCACUCACAGGCUACUUUAAUUUCUGAACUUAUAUCCUGAUGAAGUGGUUACGGAAAUAUGCAAGUCCCAAAUUUUUCCCUUUUUCCUCCAUGAUAAUGUUGUGAUAUCGGUCCCGAACGCCCCCCCGCUCGAGCCCACCCCUGCUUGGUCUUCAUCCGAAACUGACGAUGAUAACCGUGAGUCAGACGUGACAUAUCGCGUAGAGUGUGUAUACGGAUGUGAGGUUUUUCAUCUAAAGUUAGUUUCUGCCUCAUUUAGUAGCUUACGCAUGUAUUCAUUAGCCAUAAGCGUCAUAAAAUAGCAUCAUUUGUAUCACUGCCAGAGAUUACUAAUCAAAUGAGGCGGUGGAUGUUUCUCGGGGGAGCUUUAAAAGUGAAAGGCUGCCUUCCCCCGUUGGACACACCCUGCAUAAAACACACAAGGCAGACAGAGGAGCGUUCAACAGAGUGGAAGUCAUCGCGCAAGCAGCGUUUUCAGCCUUUAACAACGAUUCUCAGCUGGGAUGUCUCUGGUUGUGCUUCUGUGCCUGCUGGCUUGUGUCCACUCGGGCAUUCAUGCAUAUCCACGUAAGCCCGCCAGUCCCAAAGAAGGAGCGCCGCCUGAGGAGAUGGCGAAAUACUACUCAGCGUUGAGACACUACAUCAAUCUCAUUACGAGGCAGAGGUACGGGAAAAGAGACAGCCCAGACACGGUGUUUUCUGAUGUUUUUGUCAAGGAGAGCACGGAAACGAUUCCUGAAUUUGAUUACGUCAGGUAUGAUGAACUGCCCGUGUGGUGAUGAUGAUGAUGAUGCCGGAGUUGGCUUACCUUUUCAUGUGUAGCUAAAUGGACCUACAGUGAAGAAAAUAAGUAUUUGAACACCCUGCUAUUUUGCUAUUUCUCCCACUUAGAAAUCAUGGAGGGGUCUGAAAUUUUCAUCGUAGGUGCAUGUCCACUGUGAGAGAGAUAAACUAAAAAGAAAAAUCCAGAAAUCACAAUGCAUGAUUUUUUAACAAUUUAUUUGUGUGAUACAGCUGCUAAUAAGUAUUUGAACACCUGAGAAAAUGAAUGUUAAUAUUUGGUACAGUAGCCUUUGUUUGCUAUUACAGAGGUCAAACGUUUCCUGUAGUUUUUCACCAGGUUUGCACACACUGCAGGAGGGAUCUUGGCCCACUCCUCCACACAGAUCUUCUCUAGAUCAGUCAGGUUUCUGGGCUGUCGCUGAGAAACACGGAGUUUGAGCUCCCUCCAAAGAUUUUCGAUUGGGUUCAGGUCUGGAGACUGGCUGGGCCAUGCUAGAACCUUGAUAUGCUUCUUACGGAGCCACUCCUUGGUUUUCCUGGCUGUGUGCUUCGGGUCGUUGUCGUGUUGGAAGACCCAGCCACGACCCAUCUUCAAUGCUCUGACAGAGGGAAGGAGGUUGUUCCCCAAAAUCUCACAAUACACGGCCCCAGUCAUCCUCUCUUUAAUGCAGUGCACUCGUCCUGUCCCAUGUGCAGAAAAACACCCCCAAAGCAUGAUGCUACCACCCCCAUGCUUCACAGUAGGGAUGGUGUUCUUCGGAUUGUACUCUUCAUUCUUCUUCCUCCAAACACGCUUAUUGGAAUUAUGACCAAAAAGUUCUAUUUUGGUCUCAUCUGACCAUAAAACUUUCUCCCAUGACUCCUCUGUAUCAUCCAAAUGGUCAUAUGCAAACUUAAGACGGGCCUUGACAUGUGCUGGUUUAAGCAGGGGAACCUUUCGUGCCAUGCAUGAUUUCACAUCAUGACGUCUUAGUGUAUUACCUACAGUAACCUUGGAAACGGUGGUCCCAGCUCUUUUCAGGUCAUUGACCAAGUCCUGUCGUGUAGUUCUGGGCUGAUUCCUCACCUUUCUUAGAAUCAUUGAGACCCCACGAGGUGAUAUCUUGCAUGGGGCUCCACUCCGAUUGAGAUUGACCGUCAUGUUUAGCUUCUUCCAUUUUCUAAUGAUAGCUCCAACAGUGGACCUUUUUUCACCAAGCUGCUUGGUAAUUGCUCCGUAGCCCUUUCCAGCCUUGUGGAGGUGUACAAUUUUGUCUCUGGUGUCUUUGGACAGCUCUUUGGUCUUCGCCAUGUUACAAGUUAAAGUCUUACUGAUUGUAUGGGGUGGACAGGUGUCUUUAUGCAGCUAACGACCUCAAACAGGUGCAUCUGAUUCAGGAUGAUACAUGGAGUGCAGGUGGACUUCUAAUGGGCAGACUAACAGGUCUUUCAGGGUCAGAAUUCUAGAUGAUACACAGGUGUUCAAAUACUUAUUUGCAGCUGUAUCACACAAAUAAAUUGUUAAAAAAUCAUGCAUUGUGAUUUCUGGAUUUUUCUUUUUAGUUUAUCUCUCUCACAGUGGACAUGCACCUAC